GCUAAUUCACUGACUCGUCAGCACUCCUUUUCUGUGCGAUUUUGCUUCCCUUUUCUUUGUUCUCACACCGGAAGCCUCUCAAAGUGAUCGUCGAGAGUAAUAAUCAUAUUAACAUGAACAGAAUUGGUUAAGCUCAUAAAGUCUGAUCAAAUUCCAUCAAGUUUUCCAUCUGGUUUAGUGGCUUAUAUUGUUUGUUCAGUUUGAGAGGUUAAAUCUCUAUGGGGGGAGUUAGUUCCAUAAAACAGGUCCAACAUACUAAUGAAAAUGGUGCAUACAGUGGAGUUUCUAGAAGGUUUUCCAGAAAUGGAAGCUCAAAGUGGUUGGGAGCCUCUUUUUUUGAUAAUAAAGAGCAAAUGGCAAUAUGUCCACCUCUCAUGGAAUUGUGCACUCAUAUAAUAUGUGAAAAAAUUGAUCAAUAUGACACAUUCUCUAUGCUUCCAAGAGACAUUAGUCAGCAGAUAUUUGAUCAAUUGGUCUAUUCUAAACGCCUUAAUGAAACAUAUCUUGAAGCUUUUCGAGGCUGUGCUCUUGAGGAUAUUGAAUUAGGAGAAUAUCCUGGAGUUGAUGAUAGCUGGAUGGAGGUCAUAUCCUCACAGGGAUCAUCUUUACUUUCAGCAGAUAUUUCUAAUUCUAAUGUUACUGAUAAUGGUUUAUUCCACAUUAAAAACUGUGACAACAUCCAAGAUUUGAACUUUAAUUUCUGUGCCCAAAUUUCAGACACUGGGCUUGAUCACAUUAGCGGUUUUUCUAACUUAACAACUUUGAGUUUCAAAAGAAACAACAACAUCACUGCAAAUGGAAUGAGUGUGCUUUCUAAUUUGGUCAACUUGUUAAAUUUGGAUUUGGAAAGAUGUCCAUUGAUCCAUGGUGGUCUUGUUCAUCUAAAAGGUUUAUCAAAGCUUGAGGUGCUUAACAUUAACUGUUGUAAUUGCAUUACUGAUGAUGAUAUGGAACCUAUCUCAGAGCUAAAAAACUUGAAAGAGUUGCAAGUUUCUUCCAGCAAGGUGACAGAUCAUGGGGUCACAUUUUUGAAAGGAUUAUACAAGCUUGCAAUGCUGAAUAUGGAAAGAUGCCCUGUUACUGCAGCAUGCUUGGAUGCACUUUCAGAUAUUGUGACUCUGCUUUAUUUGAAUUUAAGCAGAAGUAAUUUGACCGAUAACGGGUGCCAUAAAUUUUCAAGGCUAAACUCUUUAAGAGUACUCAAUUUGGGAUUCAAUGAUAUUUCAGAUGCUGUUUUGGUACAUUUGAAAGGUUUAAAUAAUUUAGAGAGCUUGAAUCUGGAUUCAUGUAGAAUUCGGGAUAAUGGAUUGGUUAACUUGGCAGGCCUUCAUCAUUUGAAAUGUUUGGAGUUGUCUGAUACAGAAGUUGGAAGCAAUGGUCUUUUCCAUCUUUCAGGGUUGAUGAAUCUCCAAAUUUUAAAUCUUUCAUUCACUGUUAUCACGGAUGGAGGUUUACCAAAUCUUUCCGGAUUAUCAGCUCUUAGAUCACUUAACUUAGAUGUUCGCGACAUCACAGAUGCUGGGCUUUCAACUCUUACAAGUUUGACCGGAUUGACUCAUCUGGAUCUCUUUUGUGCUAGAAUAACAGAUGCAGGAACAAAUUCUCUGCGCUAUUUUACAAAACUUCAGUCUUUGGAAAUCUGUGGUGGAGGAAUAACGGAUGCUGGUGUGAGGAAUAUAAAGGAUCUUCGAUCUCUGGUGCUUUUGAACCUUUCACAAAAUAAACAAAUUACAAAUGCAUCCUUAAAAUCCAUUACUGGUCUGACAAAAUUGGUUUCUUUAAACUUAUCAAGUUCUCAAGUAACAGGAGAAGGAUUGCAGCAUCUAAAGCCAUUGAAAAAGUUGAAAUCUCUGAGCUUAGAGUCCACCAACGUGACUCCAAAUGAUAUAAAACAACUCCAGGAAUUUGACCUUCCAAAUUUGGUAACCUUUCGUCCUGAGUAGUUUUGUAAACAAGAUUGACAGAUAUUUUGGUAUGUUGAUCUCAGUGUGUUUGGUAUGUUGGUGAAUAAGAGAAUUACUUCUCAGUAUUUGUAGUUG